AUGCGGGUCUGGGACCCGGUGACGGGCGACCUGCAGCAGACUCUUAACACAUAUACAAUCGUCGACGAUCUCGAAUUCUCUCUGGAUGGUUCAUAUAUAACCACCAACUUAGGCAUCCUUGCCGUUCAGCCCGGCCACAAAAAUAACGUUUCUCUUUCAACCUAUACGUUCCUGCCAAUCUUUCUUAAGCAGCGACAAUAG